AUGGCCUCACUGGACAGACCCUCUCAGGAGGGCAUGGGUUCGCUGGGUGGAGUCCUCUCUACUGGGAUCCAGAAGAAACGGAAACUGGGCCCAGGGUCAUCCCCCGGACUAGAGAGGGAUCGGGCUCUUUCGUUGUCCGUUCGUCCCAGCUGCGAUGAGGACGCCACCCAGGCUGCCAAGCGCCGCUGUGUCCAGAUUUCUCCGCUGGCUGCAGGUGGCAAGAGCCUCGUGACCCCCUCGUCCAAGAAGACUGGCUCCACCCCGUCCAUCAGCAGCCCAGUGCCAUUCCAGGUUCUGCCGGACGGUGAAGCCAUCACCGUGAAUGAGCUGGAGAUGGCCUUCCAGAGAUUCUUUGGCUCCCAGCAGUCAGGGCUGGAGGUCCCGACACUGAACUGGAUGGAUGGCUCCGUCCUGAAGUCAGACCGGGAAACCAAUUACAGCCUCUCCUCCCUCGCAGCGCAGGCCAGAGCCAGGUCCAACCCACUGACCGACAGUGAGGACUUCUGCCUCAAGCCUGUGGUCUCCUCUCCCCGACCCACCUCCAGCCACAAGCUGCGGCUCCCGCAGAUUCCCCGAAGAGCCACGGUCCGACCGAGGGCUCGUCGCCGCCUGCGCUGGGACUCCUGA